AUGACAACAUUAGCUCGACAACGAUGGCGUAUGCUUGGCGAGAUUCUUCUAAGUAAAAAUCUUCAAACAUCAUUUGAACAUGAUGAUAUAUCUGUAAUGCGUUUUAAAACAUUUGGUUUAUAUGUAAGAAGUUCAUUAAAAUCAACUGAUGAAGAUGAUGGUACAUGGUGUCUUUUGGAAUUUCCUUCAUUUGAAGAUAAUCAAUCAAAUAUUAUUUCAUUAGAUAUUCGAUUAUGUUCAACAAAAAUUGAUUAUGCAGAUCUAAUUGGUUUUAAUAAUACAGGAAAUACUUGUAUAUGGCCAUCUGAAGAAGUUCUUGCUUUUUAUUGUUUAAAAGGAAAAGAAAUUUUCGAAAAUAAAAGUGUUUGUGAACUUGGUGGUGGAAUGACAUGUUUAGCUGGACUUGCUUUGGCUCGAUCGAUUUCGCUCAAUGAGUUUGUUGCCACAGAUGGUAAUGAAAAAAGCAUUGCUAAUUUAAAUGCGAUUUUAAGAUCAAAAAAUAAUCAAGUUAAUUGGUUAUGUCCAAUAGAAUCACGAGUACUUAUAUGGACACGACAAUUAAAUGAUCCCAAUUUAAAACAACGAUUUGAUUUUAUUAUUUCAGCUGAUUGUUUCUUUUUCGAAGAUCUUCAUCAUGAUUUGUGUCACACUAUUUAUUAUAUGUUAAAAGAUUCGGGUGUGGCAAUAAAUUUUGCUCCAUAUCGUUCAAAAAGUUUAAAUAGAUUUGUUUCAAUAGCUGAAAGAUAUUCAUUUGAAUGUAGUGUUUUCGAUCAUUAUGAUGAAGAUGUUUUCAAUAAACAUUUACAAGCCCAACAAAUAAAUAAACAUUAUUCGAGUGAUCUUCAUUAUCCAAUACUUGUCAUUUUACGUAAACGUCAAAAAACAGACCAGUGA